CAUGGACCUUUCCCAUUUGCCAUUGCGCAAAUUAACCACUACCACUCGAACCAGCACUUACCGCCAAAAACUGAAGUUGCCAAGGUGGGGCAAGGGGAGCUGUAUUCUCCGCACCAUGCAAUCGGGAUCAGAGCAAAACCAAAGCAAGAACAAGAAAAAAAAAACAAAGGAAAACAUUCAAGGCGAUGGUCAUGAUGAAGGGAGUGGCAUUGGCAGCCGAUAUAAGGAGAAAUCUUGGGGUGAUAAAGGAGAGGGUGCUGGAGAAGCUGGCCGCAGCUGCAGUCCCUGCUGAUGCUUUGGAGAAUGCUAGGCACUUGUUGGAGAGUGUGGUGAGGGAUGUUACUGUUGCUGCUCAUGGUCUUACCAAGGACGCCUUGCACCGUAUCAAGACUCAUCUUGUAGAUAUUCUUCCUUCACUCUCCCCUGCCGUUACUAGAAAGAUGGUGGAUGAUGCUGAGAAGGAAGCUAAUGAAGAGCAAGAAACUGAGGGUGAACAUGAAGUAGAUGAGCGAAGGCAAGAUGAUCAUCAACUUAGUGGGAAGUCUCCAUUUGUGUCACCAGCAUCUUCUUUGUUUGCUCUAAUCAAACCAUUAUCGAGGCUUUGAAGAUUAUAUAUAUAGGGAACUCUGACAUACUUGUUUUGUCUACACUUUUCUUGGAAAAAUAAAGUGUAAAGAGCAUACAUUCAAACCUCUAGUUGAAUAAUGGAGAAUCACUUGAUGUAAAGAACAGCGACUUAUGUGAUAAGCAAAGAUUGAAGAGCAUGAAGCAAUGUCUGCCAAGAUGAUCUUUAUCUUGUAACAGCAAUUUUUAUAGUUCAUUAUCUGCAGUAAUGGAUGUUCUUUCUUUUCUAA